AGGCUCCGCGUGCCGCCCGCAUGGCUCUGCCAAACUCGUCGGGGUCUCCCGAAGCCGGGAAGCCCAACCCCAGCGUCAUAGACCUGGGGACGAUCUUCGUGGACUCGGACAUCAUCUUUGGGUUCACGAGUCACCUGCUGAAGAGAAAAGCAAAGGUGGAGGGAUGUCCGGGCGGAGAGGCCCCCAGGAAGAGGCUCCCCUCCGCGGAGGACGCGCGCUGCAGCAGCCGGCCUCCUCCGGAGGGCGCGGGCUCCGUCUCCAUCCCAGAGUCUGAGGAGAAGGGAGGCUUCUGCCGGCAGUGUGUGGAGAAGGUGUCGGAGCUGAGGAGGCAGGCGCUGGCCCUGGCGGACCAGAACUCCCUGAAGGACCCUGGAUAUGCAACCUUCCUGCUGGAUCAGCUUCAGGCCCCCGGGGGUCACGAACCGGGCUGCUGCCAGGUGUGCUCCACGCCGCUCCGUCAGCUGAAGCAGGAGGCCAUGCAGACGCUCCGCCCUCCCGUCCUCACCAUCAGCUCGGACAUGGCGGCCGCGCCCGCCGCCUCCUUCCUGCCGCAGCCCUCCAGGAUCGCCGUGUCGUCGUCCUCCUCCGGCGCCCACGCCAAGCAGCUGCUGAAGCCCCAGGCCGCCGCCCGCUCCGUGCUGCCGCUGGGGGAGCGCCACAGGGUGCCGGGCUGGGCCCACAGCCCCUCCGCCCCCUCGGGGCCGAAGGCCAGCGUCCAGGUGACGGUGGCGGGCGGCCAGCUGACCGGGUCCCUCAGCACCGUCACCAUCCAGGCGCAGCAGUACCUGGAGGGCAUGUGGAGCAUCUCCAGGGUCAACAACUUCCUCCCGCCGCCGAAGGCCUCGGGUUUGAUCGGGGAAGCCGACAGGGAAGUCACGGCGGCGGAGGCCGCUGUCACCGCCGUGACCGCCAGCGGCGGCGGCAGCACCCUGACGCCCUGCCGGGCGAGGAGCUCCGGCCAGGCGGGGCUUCCAGCGCCCGUCACCAGCGCCUCCGCCUCCCCCUCCUCGUCUGCCGCCGCCUCCUUCUUCAUCAGGGCAGCUCAGAAGCUGAAUCUGUCCUCCAAGAGGAAGAAGCACCAGCCGUCGCUGCUCCACCCGCAGGAGCCCUCCAUCUACCCCACCAACUUCAGCGGCAUCCUGCAGGUGUCCCCGCCCCCGGCCCCGCCAUGCCUGCUCCGAGCCGUGUCCAAAGUCAAGGAGAACCCGGGGAUGGGAAAGGUGAAAGUCAUGAUGCGUAUCUGUCCGUCUCUGGAGGCCGGAGACUCCUCAGAGUCUCAGUCCUUCCUGAAGGUGGACAGCAGGAAGAAGCAGCUCACCCUCUACGACCCCGCCUCCAGUCCGCACUCCAGCUCAGGGCACCGGCGAUCCGCCACCGUGGCGGUUCCCAAGAUAUUCGCCUUCGAUGCUGUUUUUACCCAGGAUGCCUCACAAGCUGAGGUGUGCUCAGGGACGGUAGCAGAGGUCAUCCAGUCCGUGGUGAACGGCGCCGACGGUUGCAUCUUCUGCUUCGGCCAAGUCAAGCUCGGCAAGACGUACACCAUGAUCGGCAGAGACAGCUCCACUCAGAGCCUCGGCAUCGUGCCCUGCGCCAUCUCCUGGCUCUUCAAGCUCAUCAACGAGCGCAAGGAGAAGACCAGCACGCGCUUCUCGGUGCGCGUGUCGGCGGUGGAGAUCUUCGGGAAGGACGAGGAGCUGAAGGACCUGCUGUCUGAGGUGUCCACGGGGAGCCUGCAGGAAGGCCAGUCGCCGGGAAUCCACCUGAGAGAGGAUCCCAUCUGUGGCACUCAGCUCCAGAAUCAGAGCGAGCUUCGAGCCCCGACCGCUGAGAAAGCCGCCUUCUUCCUGGACGCCGCCAUCGCCGCGCGCAGCACCAGCAGGCCGAACGCCGACGAGGACGAGCGGCGCAACUCGCACAUGCUGUUCACGCUGCACAUCUACCAGUACCGCAUGGAGAAGAGCGGCAAGGGCGGAAUGUCGGGCGGACGGAGCCGGCUGCACCUCAUUGACCUGGGGAGCUGUGAAAAGGUCCUCAGUAAGAGCAGAGACGGCGGUGGGGGCCUGUGCCUUUCCCUCAACGCCCUGGGAAACGUCAUCAUGGCUUUAGCAAACGGAGCCAAGCAUGUACCUUACAGGGACAGCAAACUGACGAUGCUGUUGAGGGAGUCCCUUGGCAACAUCAACUGCAGAACCACCAUGAUUGCCCACAUCUCCGACUCCCCGUCCAACUACGCUGACUCACUCAACACCAUCCAGCUGGCGUCCCGGAUCCACCGCAUGAGGAAGAAGAAAACCAAGUAUGCAUCCAGUUCAUCGGGAGGCGAGAGUUCCUGUGAGGAAGGGAGGAUCCGCCGGCCGCCCCACCUCAGACCCUUCCACCCCCGGACAGUCGCCCUGGACCCGGACCUGCCCUCCCUGAUGAGUGACCCGGAGUACUCCUCCAGCAGCGAGCAGUCCUGUGAUACAGUCAUCUACGUGGGCCCCGGAGGAACAGCGAUCUCAGACAGAGAACUCAGCGACAAUGAAGGGCCGCCUGCCUUCGUACCGAUCAUCCCCUCCCUGAACAAGAAGAGGUCGACAAAAGACGGCCCUCUGGACAGAGACCACUUCUUUAAAUGCAACACCUUCGCCGAGCUCCAGGAGAGACUCGAGUGUAUCGACGGCAGUGAAGAACCCUCUGCCUUUGUUGGAGAAGGCAAGCGAAGCCAGGCAAGUCCCAAGUCAGACAAAUCCAAGGAGAACCAAGGCUCCGUUUCACCAAAGACUGUAGCAACUGUUUCUCAAGAGGGUACGUCACCCAAACAUUCUCCUAAACCUGUCCCCACGCAAACACCCUGCAGUCCCGGUGCUAAAUCUAAGACGGACGAUUCUCAGAGGCAGUGCUCAUCUGCAGAACGGACGCCGCCGGAGAGCGUUCAGACCACAUGCAGAACCAGUGCUGAUGGCGAGAAAGUUUUGGCUUCAGAAAGCAAACUGACAGCUGCUGCAGUGCCGACCUCUGAGCCAGUGGUGAGGGAGAAGGUCUACUUCAACAGGAAAGCUUUGCCAAAGCCCGCCCCCCCACCGUCUCAGCAGAAACAAAAUGCAGACGUUGAGGAACGUUCAAGCACCAGAAUGCCACCUGUGGGAAUGAGCCACCAAGCUGUGAAGAGGAGGGACCCCUGCACGUCCCCUCUGCUCAGAGCUCCUAUAGAGGUGUGCCAGGUGCGCUCCACCCUGAGGGAAAGGUGUCUGGACCGGGACAUCCUUCGAGCUACUGUCACGCUGCAGCAGCCCGUGGAGCUGAACGGAGAGGACGAACUGGUGUUCACUGUGGUGGAGGAGCUCGCCAUCGGCAGUAUUGUCGAUAAGGGUCGGCCGUCGAGCAUCAUCAGCUUCAACAGUGACUGCUCCCUGCAGGCUCUGGCCUCUGGUUCCCGACCUGUCAGCAUCAUCAGCAGCAUCAACGAUGAAUUCGAUGCGUACACGUCGGCCGAGGGAGGAGCAGAGGUGAACAUCGCAGUGGUCACACCCCUUCAAGGGGAAGCAGUGGAGUGUGCAGACAAAAGGGGGGCAUCCAUCAGCUCCUGGCUGAGCGAGGUUAGUGUUUGCACCUUGGAAAGUGAAGGAUCUCAUUCCACUGACGUCUUCCUUCCACAAGCCAAACACAUUGGACCAGAAGCCACGUUUUACUUUGAUUCCCUGGACAUGUUUCACUGUGUAUCCUCUCCAAGAGACAUUAAGAACUCCCUAAACGACAGUGGUUUUGGUUUCUCUGAAGUGGACAGCGAUAGCGUUGCCUCAAGCAAACUGUCCUUGACAAAGUGCCCUCCAUCACCAGAAUCAGCAAAAGGCUCCCUUAGAUUCACAUCCAAGAUGACGAAAGCCCACUCGGUUAGCUCGUCCCCAGUUCCACACGGCCCCUCCAUGGUCCACUCUAGUCUUCCCAGGAAGAUUAAACCUACCUCAUCCAUCUCUCAUAGUAGUAGCAGUAGCAGCAGCAGCAGAGAGCCGUCGAGGCAGGAGGCUAAGCAGGAGGAUCCUUGGCAACGCAUCGACAACCACUCAGAACCUCAGUGUUUGGACUCCAGCAACACCAGCAAAUUUCUCAGAAAUCCUCCCAGCGGCAUCCCUUCCAGCAAAACAUCAAGCAACAGCAACAGUGUACCUCGCCCACCGAAGGUGCAGGGGUCUACCUCAUCCCAGAGGGUGGUCGAUGGCUGUGAGAAAUCAGUCAGCAAGAACCCACCGAGCAAAAUGCCUCAGCUGAGACGAGGCGCCACCACUUUGGGAACAGUACCCGUCAUCCAUUCGUCCGAGUACAAGGGAGCCCAGGAUAUCAUUGCAUCGACCACAAGCCUUAAAUUUUCCUCUCUCGGUAAAAACAGCAAGGCUAACUCUCAGAAAGCGAGCAAUCUCCCCAAACCUGGCUGCACCUCACCUCCUCCACCUCCAGUGAGGAAGUCCAGUCUAGACCAUAAGACUAAGACUCUGCUGCCCCAAAGUGCCUUAAAGUCAGCAUAUGGGGAGGCAGCAAAGACCUCUGGGGCAAGGAGUGCUGUAUCAGAGGAUGAGCUUGAGGUACGUCACAGAGUAGACUCCAGUAGCUUCAAAUCCUCUAGCCUCACGGCCAAAGUUACCUCUAGCCUGAAAGCCAGAGGACCUAGAGGAGAGGCAGGGCAGCAUUAUGGCAGUCAAAUGUCUUUGGAGAAGUAUGAGAGCUUGUCCUUGUCAGGUUCUAGAGCGACACUUAGUCGAGAGAAUAGUGGGGCAAGUCUGGGGAGCGGCAGUAGCAGGACCAACAAGUCAAUUCCACGAUUUGGUAUCCCUAAUUCAUCUAGCUCUCCAAUAGCCACAUGUCCAUCUUCCCCAAGUGCAGGGAACAUCAGUAAGCCUGGUCAGGUUAAAGCUUCUGUAAAUCCACGGGCGUUAGGAGCCGCUACUGGGAGCAAGGCUCGUUCACUGUCUGCCAGCAGCUCGAAGGGCCUGAGCUCCUCCACAAAGUCUUUGGCCUCUGCGGUGAGCAGAAGCGCCAAUGCCAACCUACCCCCUUCCGGACGAACGUCGGCCCCUCGGACCGCUGCCGCCGUCACCAGUAAGCCCGGGAGAGGAACCAUCAUGGGCACAAAGCAGGCCAUCCGGGCAGCGAACAGCCGAGUGAGCGAACUGGCAACUGGCAACAUAUCAGGCAAACACAUGAGAGGGUCCGGGGAUUCGGACAGCGGGAACGACAGCGGGGUGAACGUGAGCGAAGACAAAGCCCCCAUCGCCAUGCUGCCCUCCCCGUACAGUAAGAUCACGGCGCCCAGGCGGCCGCAGCGCUACAGCAGCGGCCACGGCAGCGACAACAGCAGCGUGCUGAGCGGAGAGCUCCCUCCGGCGAUGGGCCGGACGGCGCUCUUCUACCACAGCGGCGGCAGCAGCGGAUACGAGAGCAUGAUUCGAGACAGCGAGGCCACAGGCAGUGCCUCCUCUGCCCACGACUCCAUGAGUGAAAGCAGCGUCACGUCUUCGGGCAGAGCGAGAAGCGCCAAGUAUCCCAAGAAGAGAGCAAACGGCUUCCAGAGGAGACGGCUGAUCCCGGCACCUCUGCCGGACACCUCGUCCCUGGGGAAGAAGGCGGGCGCGGCAGGCCAGUGGGUGGACCUGCCUCCGAUGUCCGGACCGCUGAAGGAGCCCUUCGAGAUCAAGGUGUACGAGAUCGACGAUGUGGAACGGCUGCAAAGGCGGCGUCAGGAGGAAACUGCAGAGCAACCGUUCCAAGAUGUUGACAAGGGCCUGCUGUACUUUAACAGUAAGCUGAAGAUGCUGGAGAGAAGGCAGCAGCAGGUGAGAGAGCUGAGGGUGAAGCACCAGGUGUUGCUGGAGGAGCUGGAGGACACCAAAGCCCGACUGAUGAUGGACCCCAGCAAGUGGAUCGGAGAGUUUGAGGUGGACCAGAACCUGGAUAAAGAGUCUGCGGAGUACCUGGAGGCCCUGGCUCAGGCCACGGAGGAGCUGGAGUUCUGCGUCAACCUGUGCAAGUCCCGCGUCAUGAUGGUCACCUGCUUCGACAUCAGCAUGGCGACGCCCGGCGCCCAGGACGGCCUGCGGGAGGUGGAGGUCUGAGGACGUGAGCAAGUCGAGGAGCGGGAACGAGCAAGUGAGAAGACAAAGGUUCGCGAAAUGUAGCAGUUCUGGAACGAAGAACAAGAGACGGAGACGGAGACGAGACGAGAGUGGAUCUUUACCCGGAAGCAGAGGAAACCUUGACCGCCAAGCUACAGUGCCUCGUUGUCUGGGACACGGCAGAGAAAUGAAACGUGAGCACAAACGCCGCGGCCCCCCGCGGCUCGGCAGUGGCCAUUAAUUACUAAAGAGUCAAUGAACAACACCCGGAAGUGCCUUUUUUACUGUUCCUUUUGCUUUGAGUCAUUAUUUUUCAUAUGGUGCAGGUAUCUUAAAACGUACCGAAGCAAACCCUGAACCUACUGCUUUUAAGAAAAAUAUUUUAUAUUGCAUUGUAUAGUGUAUUUAAAUGAAUAUGUGGUGUGUACAAAUAUCCUUUGAAGGGGGGAAAAAUAAAGGAAAA